GGGCAGCUGGAGACGCAAAGAGACAUCAGUGGUGCCUGUUCUGCCUGCGGGGGGCCAGUGGUGCCCCUCAUCUUCCCAGACAAGGUGGCCCCGUCCUCGCCUGGUGACCCUCCCCAGCCCUGGGACCACGCCUCCGUCAUCGCUCACACCUCCCUGCCCCUGCUGUGCAACGAGGAAGCUCUGGGGGCUUCAGGGCCAGAAGCCCUGGACGUCAGCCGGGCGGACCCCCGGGCCGGCCGGCGCUGUUUCACCUGCCAGUUCUGCGACAAGGAGUAUGGCAGCCUGGGCGCUCUCAAGAUGCACAUCCGGACACACACGCUGCCCUGCCUCUGUGCCGUCUGUGGCAAGGCCUUCUCCAGGCCCUGGCUGCUGCAAGGCCACCUCCGGACCCACACGGGUGAGAAGCCCUACGCCUGCCCUCACUGCAGCAGGGCCUUCGCCGACCGCUCCAACCUGCGGGCCCACCUGCAGACGCACUCGGACACGAAGAAGUACCAGUGCAAGCGCUGUGCCAAGACCUUCUCCCGCAUGGCACUCCUGGCGCGGCACGAGGAGUCUGGCGGCUGCCCCGGCCCCUAGAGACGUGAGGGUUUGUGCAGGCGGGGGCAGGGCCUCGCCCCCAGAGCCCACUGCCCCUGGAGGAGCCACGCGUUCUGGGGGGGCG